CACCCAUCCAGGACUGUCUGGGCAUCACCACUACCUUCACCAUCCGCAAAUAAAUGUCUGCUCACCAACUCUUCGAGCAUUCCCGAACACGGGAGAAGGCUCGCAGCGUGUCACCUUGGAACUAUAAAGCGAGAGACUGGGUCCUUGGAGUAAUGUCCUCUGUCUUCUUCAGAGCACACACAACCGCAUAAACAACCUUUUUAUGCAAUCCUACCAAUCAUCUCUUCCACGAAGACUUCCCCGCAGCCUGAAGCGCUUUUCGAUCUUCAAGCCAGCCCAGAACCACACAAUGGCUUUCUUCCCGCGCCACUGCUACAACCGCGAGGCUUCCUUCACGCCUCUCUUCCGCCUCCUCGAUGAGUUUGACAGCUACUCUCGUGGGAGCACACAGACUCGGCGGUCUACUGUUCCUUCUUGGCAGCCCAAGUUUGACGUCCGCGAGACUGGUGAGCACUACGAGCUCCACGGCGAGCUCCCCGGCGUCGACAAGGAGAACGUCCAGAUCGACUUCACCGAGCCGCAGACUUUAGUCGUCCGCGGCCGGACUGAGCGGUCUUACGCCACUGGCGCCGCGCCAUCCGAUGAGCUCGAGGAUGCGCCUACCCCUGAUUCAACAACCGAGAGCGGCGAGGUGCCCCAUGGCUCGCCUCAUCAGGCGACGGUCGAGGAUGAGGGCGACUCUGCAUACGAGGUCGUCGAAAAGGCUCAGCAGCAGCAGACAACUAAGAAGCCUCAAGAGGUCGCCAAGAAGCCUGCAGACACGGCCAAGUACUGGCUCUCGGAACGCAGCAUCGGCGAGUUCUCCCGCACCUUUAGCUUCCCGAGCCGCAUCGACCAGGACGCCGUCACCGCCAGCUUCAAGGACGGCAUUCUGAGCGUCACGGUUCCCAAGGCGAAGCCUCACGAGUCGCGCCGCAUCGCCAUCAUCUAGUUAGACGACAGGCGCCAAACACCCACCACUUUCCAGAAAACCUCGUCGAUGAGUUUCUGGUGUAUUUCACGACAGCAUGCAUGGGACGGUGUUGGGGGACAUUUCCUGGUUGCAUUUAAUACUUUAGUUUGGAACGUCGGCUACAAUAGCGGUUCACCGACGCUCAUUCGGUUGCAUGUAGAUCUCUCGGUCACCACAUGAUGAUAAAUAAGAAUUCAAAAUUCGAAC